GAGCCGCCGGACGAUUUCUUCUGCCCAAUCACGACAGAGGUCAUGAGCGAGCCGGUGAUGGCGGCGGACGGGCAGUCGUACGAGCGGUCGGCGAUCGAGCGCUGGCUCGCGACAAAGUCGACGAGCCCAUUGACAGGCGAGGCGCUCGAGAACACUGGCCUCUUCCCCAACUACUCGCUCCGCCGGAUGAUCCGGCAGUGGCAGGAG